AAGAAAAACCAACGAAGAAGAAGAAGUAGGACGAUUUUCAUUCAACGUUGUCGUUCAUUUUAUUUCUGUUAAUAAACGGAGCCGUUUUACUUAAAUACACUAUUUGUUUCCACAGGUAAAUAUAUGCCAUCCCAUUCAAAACCAGUGGGUAAUAACAUACCCUUAUUGCGGCAAUCUGGAUACCACAGCAAACGUUAUUGGAGCUAAAUAUUUCUAUGUAAUUUCGCUAACUGCUAGCUUGAUAGAUGGAUAGCAACUAGCCGUGUGUUGAGGUUCUCUAAACUGUGGUUUGCGAAAACAAACACAUCAACUUCUACCUGUUUCAACCAACAAGUCAAGAGCUGUGUUUUGCUUUCUCAGGUAUAAGCAUCCUUGUGGCUGAGAAAAGAUGGAAGCUCCUCCUGUUACUUCGAUGCCUGUCACCGGGGGCGCAAUCAAUAUGAUGGAGUAUCUGCUGCAAGGCAGUGUGUUAGACCAGGCACUGGAAAGCCUCUUGCAUCGCCUCCGAGGCCUGUGUGACAACAUGGAUCCUGAGACCUUCACAGAUCAUGAACUUGUUUAUCUUCUGAAAGGCCAACAAGGGAACCCUUUCAUUCUGCGUGCCCGGCGCUCCCUCUCCCACCCCACAUCCCCAUGGCACCUACGCUACCUUGGCCAACCAGAAGUGGGAGAUAAGAGCCGCCAUGCUCUGGUGCGCAACUGUGUCGACGUGGCUGCCUCUCACAGCCUGCCGGAGUUCCUCAAUGAGAUGGGCUUCCGCAUGGACCACGAGUUUGUGGCCAACGGGCACAUAUUCCGCAAAGGUGUUAUGAAAAUUGUGGUCAGCAAGCUGUCACGCAUCCUGGUACCGGGGAACACGGAGAACACAGAGCGUCUAUCGCUUUCAUACCUGGUGGAGCUGAGUGUGUUGGCUCCAGCCGGACAGGACACUGUUUCAGAGGACAUGCGCAGCUUUGCAGAGCAACUCAAACCUCUGGUUCACCUGGAGAAGAUUGACCCCAGCAAACAGAGACACUGAAGGGGGACCUUUAAUCAUCUCUAACUACCAUGGACACAUUUCUUUUUUAAAUGUUUACUUUUGUACUCAAAUUAAAUACAUUGACAAACUUUGA